GGGAGGGAGGGGGAUGAGAUUUCUCGCUGCCCAAUCCCCCUGUUCCCCCGGGAGCAGCAGCCUUCCACGGUCCGUCCCUCCCUCUUGUUUGCUAAUCAUUUCAUUUUACUCCUUUUUGAAGCGGUGGCGUGUUUUUUUAUCCCACUUUUCAUUUCUCCACAAUCCGCGGCUGCUCGCCUCCCUCUGAUCCCCGGCUCUCCGCGCUCCGUUCUCCCGGCGUCAGGCUCUCCGGAUCCCGGCUGAUUCUCCCCUCUCUGUCUCACUCUCUCACUCUCUCUCUCUCUCGGCUCCUCUGAGAUGCUCUCCCCGCUCUCCGCUCCUCUCUCCGCCCUCUUUUAACUUCACAGAGACGCCGGUUUAAAGCCCGGGCAGCUGCGAGCCGGGGCUGGGAUCUAAAACAACCUCGCAGAAACCCAGAGGGAUCCGGGACUCUUCACUGGAUCAGGACCCGAUACUUUGGGGAAGCUCGCUCGUGUGUCCCUCCUCCCCUCCUUCCUUCCUCCUCCUCAUCGCUCCUCUUCUCUCCACCUUAAUCCAGGUGGUCCUUUGGCUUUUUUGAGUGGCUGCUACAGGGAGGAUUAUUCUUCUUUCUUUCUUGUUUCUGGUGAAGACAAAGCUCCCAGAAGGACACUUUGAUGUUCUCCAUCCAGGACAGCCUCCCCAGGGGUGCCCUGACCAUGAAGGAGGAGCCGCUCCCCACCGGCAUGACCCCGGUCCGCUCCUGGAUGCAGGGCGCAGGGAUUUUGGACGCCAACACAGCGGCCCAGAGCGGUGUGGGUUUAGCCCGAGCUCACUUUGAGAAGCAGCCUCCGUCCAACCUGAGGAAGUCCAACUUCUUCCACUUCGUGCUGGCGCUGUACGACAGGCAGGGUCAGCCGGUCGAGAUCGAGAGGACUUCCUACAUAGACUUUGUGGAGAAAGACAAGGAGUACAACGGAGAGAAGACCAACAACGGGAUCCACUACAGGCUACAGCUCCUCUACAGCAACGGCAUCAGGACAGAACAGGAUCUUUAUGUCCGGCUCAUAGACUCCAUGACCAAACAGGCCAUCCUGUACGAAGGCCAGGACAAGAACCCGGAGAUGUGUCGCGUCCUCCUCACCCACGAGAUCAUGUGCAGUCGGUGUUGUGACAAGAAGAGCUGCGGGAAUCGCAACGAGACGCCCUCUGACCCCGUCAUCAUCGACAGAUUCUUCCUCAAGUUCUUCCUCAAGUGCAAUCAGAACUGUUUGAAAAACGCAGGAAACCCACGAGACAUGAGGAGGUUCCAGGUCGUCGUCUCCACUACGGUCAACGUGGACGGUCACGUGCUGGCGGUGUCAGACAACAUGUUCGUCCACAACAACUCCAAACAUGGCCGUCGCGCCCGACGUCUGGACCCCUCUGAAGCAGCCACGCCCUGCAUCAAAGCCAUCAGCCCGAGCGAGGGCUGGACGACCGGCGGCGCCACCGUCAUCCUCAUCGGGGACAACUUCUUUGACGGCCUGCAGGUCGUCUUCGGCACCAUGCUGGUGUGGAGCGAGCUGAUUACCCCUCACGCCAUCCGGGUCCAGACGCCCCCUCGGCACAUCCCCGGGGUCGUGGAGGUCACGCUGUCCUACAAAUCCAAACAGUUCUGCAAAGGAGCGCCAGGACGCUUCGUCUACACCGCCUUGAACGAGCCGACCAUCGACUACGGCUUCCAGAGGCUACAGAAGGUCAUCCCUCGCCACCCCGGAGACCCCGAGAGGUUACCUAAGGAGGUGCUGUUGAAGCGAGCAGCCGACCUGGUGGAGGCUCUGUACGGGAUGCCGCACAACAACCAGGAGAUCAUCCUGAAGCGAGCGGCCGACCUCACCGAGGCGCUCUACAGCGUCCCCCGCAGUCACAACCAGCUGCCGUCUCUCACCGGCUCGGCCGCUCACUCGGGGAUGAUGGGCGUGAACUCGUUCAGCAGUCAGCUCGCCGUCAACAUCUCCGAGGCUUCGCAGGCUGACCAGGGUUACUCCCGUAACUCGAACAGCGUGUCUCCUCGCGGCUACGUGCCGAGCUCCACGCCUCAGCAGUCCAACUACAACACCAUCACGUCCACCAUGAACGGAUACGGCGCCGGUAUGACCAACCUGGGCGUCCCCGGAUCCCCCAGCUUCCUCAACGGCUCCACCAACUCUGCUUACGCAAGCCCUUAUUCAUUCUCUCCUGUCCAUAUGGUUUCUGCAGUCAAACAGAAGAGCGCCUUCGCCCCUGUCGUGCGGCCACAGACCUCCCCGCCCCCCACCUGCACCACCACCAAUGGCAGCAACCUCCAGGCCAUGGCAGGUCUCAUCGUCCCGCCCAUGUGAGGAGGACACCGCCAGACUCCCGCCCCCUCCCCAUGAACCCCCUCAGCGCUGAUGGCCCCGCCCACCUGAAAUACGCCAGCGAUAAAAUCCUUCCCAUCAUCCCCCAGAAUCCAUCACUGCACCAGGAGACUCUCCGUCGAUUCAUUCGCCGCCUGCGGGACGACAAUGCACCGACGGCUGCGGCUGCCGCAGAUGUUCAAACGGGAAGCGGACGUCUGCGGCGGCUCCACAUGGAGGUCAAAGGUCAGCGGCGUGAAGAGCGGACUGUGGGUGGGAGGGAAGGCGAGUUAUGAAACAGUCUGUGGAGACUAGAACAGGUCUCAGAUCAGUUUGAACCACUGUGAGACAGGAAGGAGUUGUGUCCACCGGGAGCUUCUGCAACAACAUCACCAACAAAGGGUUCGAUGUGAUUGGCCAAUGAUCCAAUAUUGAUCAGUAGUCUUCCAUAUUUCAGCCAUUUAGUACAAACAGCCAACCAUACUCCUUCUGGAAAGUCACAUGUUUUAAUUUCUGCCUCUCCAGGUUUCUUUAGCUUUCAAUUGUUUCCAAACUAUAUAAAAUUAAUAAUCAGACUCUUGAAACUCACAUCUGUUGUUUAAUCAAAAACAAUAACCUUUAAAUCAAUAUUAGUUAUUGUCAGAAACAUUUUUGUUAUUACAACACAGACUUUUAAAAUCAGACUUUACUCAAAUGGAGUUCUGAAUGGGCCUAAAACUGAGACCAGAGCCUGACGCCUGGUUUAAAAUAUGUAAACCAGACACAUCCAAUCCUGUUAUGUCUGUGUAUACACAGAGCUAGCUUAAAAUACUCUCGUAAAAUAGAUAAAAACACCAAAAGAAUUGGGUUACUGGGACAGUUUUUUGCCUGAUUCAGACACUGACUGAUAUAAUAUAUAAUAUAUAUAUAAUAUAUGAAAAAAAGUCUCUGCAGAUUAACUUUCAUGACAAAUUCAGAUUAAUUAUCAGGAUAGCCGGAAAACCAGUAACGUUACCAUGUGGUUGUAAAUGGUCCAAAAUUUAAAGUUACAGUUCCAGAAAAUCUGGUUUAAAACUUUAUUUAUAACAAUAUUUGGUUAAAAACCAGCUACAAUGUGCAGUAAUAUUAUAUUAAUUAAAUAUUGGCUGAAGGUCACUGAUUGGUUCUCAGAAGCUCUCGGUGGACACUGAACCUGAGUCGGACGGAGUCCAAAAACCAGGAAAAAAUCUUCAAACCUUUUGUUCAAAUCCGGAAACCGUUUGACGUUUUUUCCAGAUUUGACGGGUUUUCAAUCACAAAUCCCCAAAAAUCCCCCCCAGAGGACCAGACUCCUGAUCAAUAUCUUCUAGCGUUUUCCUUUCUGUACGAUAGCUUUUAACAAUGUUUGUCUCAUAUUCGGAGGAAAAUGCAGUAAUUUUCUAAGCUAACGGAAGAACGAACAAACGUCCUGUUACGCUAAUGUUUGUCUGAAUAAAGUCGAGGCAGCCCGAGUUAUUAUUUUUGUUUUUUUUUUGUUACAUUUUCUGUUAAUUUUUAUCUGAUUUUUAAAAACUCCAGUACAAUAGUUCUGUUUCGCAGGUGUGUCGAGUGGUAGAUUUUAACCAGAAAAAGCUUGCAGCAGUUUUAAUCACAUUUAGGUAACAGAUUUUUCUUGUUAUUCUUCUGAUUGUGCUUAUUUUAUAUGUAUUUAUAAAGUAUGUUUUGGGGAGUUCCUUUUGUGAUUUAGGCCUGAAUGAUAGUCUCAAAUAUAUAUGUAAACACAUUUGAUGUCUUAAUACCUUUUAGAUAUUGUAAAAAGAGUGAACAAGUGAGAGGAAUUAACCCUUUUGUAAAAACAAAAAACGUCACAACAUGGUCACCCUGUUUUUGAAAGCAGGACGUUAAAAAAAAACGCUUUCAUCACUUUUGUAUAAAAAUGCUUUUCCGAUACGAUAUUUAACUUUUUGUAAACAGCAUCAUUUGUGUUUCCCCUGGUUCUUCUCGUCCUUUGUGUAUUAUUGUGAAAUGUAUAAUCAUGGUUAUUUCUUAAUGCACUAUUUUUGUUGGGGCACUUAAUGAAGAGCAAUGCAUCUUAGCAAAAAAGAUUAAAAAAAGCUAAAAGUUUAACAAAAAAAGAUGAAAGCUAGAACGAUAUGCACCGAUAUGUUUUUCUGCCGUUCUGAAACGGCAAAAAAAUCCUUGUCAUGUGAAAUUUUUAUAUUUCAGAAGCUUAUAACGUCAUAAUAUUCCUCCACUCUUACUUUUGGACCAAGCGUAUUUCUUGGUUUCGGUGUUUAGAAGACAAUAUUUUAUCCAUCUUAAUAUUAGACCCGAUCCUAGUCUUUGUGUUUCUUGGUGAGAAUGAUUGUACGAUUUAAAAACAGGAAGCAGAUUUUAAAACCACUCCGGAAAUUAGUUUUUUUUUUGGUCGUUUAUUUUAUUUUGGUCACCGAUCUCAAGGAAACUUCCAUCGAUGUUGGUGUUGUUGUUGAUGGUGCUGUUCUCGUCGUCGCACACAAUCUGGAUCAUUUACUUAUGCAACUGUGUUCCUGUUCUGUAUUGCAAGCUCGUCUUCCACGCCGCCGCUGUGGAAAAGUUUGGAAAUUAAAAAGAACUUAAAGUCGCGUUUCGAUGCCUUACGAUCGACCUUCAACACAACGUCUUCUCUUCCUUUCAGUUUGUACAUCGUCUGUUUGACUCCACAAUUCAUUUUGCGCCGGACGUUUUUGUCCCUCAGGUUCCCUCAAAUAAACAUAAUGUUAGCAUCAUCAGCACUUAGCCUUUCAAAUAGCAACACCUGUUUGUUUGAGUGAAAACCUGUAAAGAUUUCAGAUUUAGGAGUAAAAAAUAAAGAUACUACAACACAGUCGGGAAAAAUUUGUGACGUUAUCUCGUAAUUAUACACCACAUUGUUAUAAUUUAGCAUCUCAUAAUAAGAAAUUAGAAUUACAUCAUUUUAUAAUACGUUUGUUAACCAAAUUACAUAAAAAAUAUAUAAAAGAUUUUGUGACAAGAAAACUCAAAACAAGAUCGUUUUCUGAGAAUUAAGAGAAAACUAUCCAACAAUCUGCAUCACUAAUAAUCAUCAAGAAAUAAUCUCACAAAUCUUAUAAAAUCUGUAUCAUGAAAUUGUGAGAAAUUAGCUCAUAUUUACGUAACCCGUACCUCACCGUCUAAUAGCUCACAAUUAUCUCACAAUUCUGACAUUAACAUGUUUUGUAUCUCAGAAUUACGAGGAAACGAUCUCACAAUUAAACAUUUUCAAGAAAAUUUGUUUAAAUUUCCAAAUCUCUUCUAACAUUAUGACGGUCUAUAGAGUCUGAUCUUAAAAGUUUCAGAUAUCAUCAUUUAUAUUAUAAUAUGAUUUUACAUCGAAGGACUGAUUUUGUGCUUAAACACAAACAUCUUUCAUCCAUUUAAUUCCUGAACAAUAAAACAUCUCUACAUUUAUUUUGAAGAACAAAUCCAAGGUGAGGGCAGGAAUCUAAAGCUCAAACUUUUGACUUUAUGCAAAUCCAGCAGGACAGAAACCUUCGGUCACUGCACAGCGUCACCAGACGCCAUCGUCCUGCAGAGCGAACAGUCUCACCUCAUACAGUUCGACUCCCUCGUCUCCGUUUCAACAGCUUGCUGAUUUUAUUUCCUUUUUUUGGUCACAGUUGUAGAAAGUUUGCUUCUCACCGUCCUGGUUUUCAGCCGAGGUUUUAAAAACUGCAAAGUAUACUUUUUUCGAUGUUUUACUUCAAUGUGAAAGAGGGCAGAGGUACUGCAUCUUUGUGAAAUAUGAAAUACAGUAUAUCAUCAAAGUAUAUCAAAGCACAAUGUUUAAUUAAUGUCUUUAGAAUACGAACGGGGGCGACUCCCCCGGCUCUUUUCUUUUCCUGUCUCUGGCCAUGCUGUAAAUAGAUGCAUGUUUUUUGGGUUUUUUUGUUUGUUUUUUCCUGUGAUCCAGUGCUUUUUGUACAGAAACAGUCUAAUAAAGAUUACAUUUGGCUUGAA